AUGUUCGCAAAGACUCCACGACCAUCCUCAGCGCCCGGCAAAAACCCUAAAAAUGUCCAAAAAGUGGCUGUCAGAAAAUCUAAGAAGAUGCGAUCAAUGACCUACGCCACUUACAUUCACAGGGUUCUGAAACAGGUUCACGGCGAUUCGGGUAUUUCUCGAAACGCGAUGUCGAUUAUGGAAAGUUUCAUGAAUGACAUGUUCGUCAAGAUUGCUGGUGAGGCCUCGAAAUUGGCGCGUUACAACAAAAAACCGACCAUCAGUUCGCGGGAAAUUCAAACUGCCGUGCGGCUUCUUCUUCCCGGUGAACUUGCUAAGUACGCGAUAUCCGAGGGGACGAAAGCCGUUUCGAAAUACACGAGCUCGAAAUCAAUUGAGGCUUGAAAA